CUGCAUGAAGGAUAAAAAGCAAACUCGAUAAAGAGAAAAAGAAGAAGAAGCAAUUCAUUGAGUCAUCGACCUUCCGUCGCGCUUCUGCCCCUCCUUCUCGUCCUUACUUGUGGCUCUUGUUCUUAGUUCCCAUAUUUGUCAGGGUCAAAAAUCCCUCUUUUUUUCUUCUUCUUCUUCUCCAGAGUUUUGUCUUUUCUUGAUUCCAUGUCGCUUCUUGGUCGGGUCAUUGACUAUUUACUAUUUAGUUUGGUUCUAAUCGACUCAAUGUUAGGCAUUUAUGCUGGAGGAGUUUUCCUUUUGAGGUAUCCUUCUCGUUUCUUUAGACACUUCAAGGUUUCAUCAGGACUGUUUGAAGUGCUAGAGAACCAAACGAGAAGGGGCUUUAGUUCUUUUGCAGUGGAACUGUGUUUUGUGAACCUUUUUGAUGCAAGUGUAGAGUCUUUGGGAGCUUUUGGCGAUCGACGAUGAAUCUUCUGGCUUUCAGUAGUUGCUAUCACCAAUUCUUGUUACCUCUAGAUAAAAGACAAGCUAUAGAAGAUCUCACUUUCUCCAAGAGAAUCUCCAGAUCCAAGUUUCUAACGUUUGGUAUGGUCAUCAAUGGCACAAGGGGGCUCCCUCAGAUCUUUGCAAAGGCAGCUCAGACAGAGUCUCAUAAGUACGCCACCAAUGGAAGCAUUAUAAAAAUGGUUCCCACAAAGGAUUUGGUGAAGAGAAAGAAUCCUUCCCCUAAAAAAACUCUACCAGUAAAGGGAUCAGAAGUAGUUUUCAACAGUUCAAUCGUUAGAACUGAGAAGAAGAAAGCCCCCAGAGAGAUCCCUUUCACUGAUGAGGUAAAAGUAUUGCCUUUGGAUGAAGGUUUCAGCUGGGCCAAUGAAAACUACAACUACUUGCAAAGGAAUGUAGAGAUUUGGAAUUUCGUCUUUUCUUUACAAUUUCGGGUUCACCUCAUCAACGCAAAAUGGUCAUAUAUCGAUGGAUUCACAGAGGAGAAGCAGAAAAUCAGAAGAAGAAAAACUGCUUCAUGGUUGAGAGAACAAAUACUACAACUUGGUCCAACCUUUAUCAAACUAGGCCAGCAAUUCUCGACUAGAUCCGAUUUUCUACCUCAGGAGUUUGUCGAGGAACUUGCCAAGCUCCAGGAUAGAGUUCCAGCAUUUUCACCAGAAAAAGCAAAAGCAUUCAUAAAACAUGAGUUGGAUGCCCCAGUUGAAGUAUUAUUCAAGAAAUUUCAAGACCAUCCAAUAGCUGCUGCUAGUCUUGGUCAGGUACAUCGAGCUAUCCUUCAUAGUGGUGAGCAAGUUGUUGUCAAAAUUCAAAGGCCAGGUCUAAAGAAGCUAUUUGACAUUGAUUUUAGAAACCUGAAGCUGAUAGUUGAGCAUUUUCAAAGAACUGAAACUUUUGGAAUUCCCGCAGAGGACUGGUUAGAUAUCUACAAUGAAUGCUCAAAGACAUUGUAUCAGGAGAUUGACUACAUCAAUGAAGGGAAAAAUGCUGACCGAUUUCGUCGGGAUUUUAGAAACAUAAAGUGGGUCCAUGUACCUCUUAUCUAUUGGGAUUACACCUCUACCAAAGUUCUGACAUUGGAGUACGCUCCAGGAAUAAAAAUUAACAAUGUCGAGCAGAUAGACGCGAGGGGAUACAGCCGCUCCCUUAUUGCCUCUCGUGCAGUAGAAUCAUACUUGAUUCAGAUACUGAAGAAUGGUUUCUUUCAUGCCGAUCCACAUCCGGGCAAUAUCUCUGUCGCGGCCAAUGGGACACUCGUCUACUAUGAUUUCGGUAUGAUGGGAGAAAUUAAAUCCUUCACCAGAGAGAGAUUGCUUCAGUUGUUCUAUGCAAUCUACGAGAAGGAUGUUAAUAAGGUUACGGCAAGUCUGAUUGAGCUUGAAACACUUCGACCAACAGGGGAUUUAUCAGCGGUGAGGAAGUCCAUAAAGUUCUUCUUGGACUUCAUUUCUAGCCAAACUCCUGAGCAGCAGCAGAGUGUUGCAGUGAUCGGCGAGGUAGUGUGUGUUCAGAUCGAGGUGCCUUUCAAAUAUACUGAUGAUUUACGCAGACGAAUAACGAACAACUUUUUCCAGGAUUUGUUUACGAUAGCUGCUGAUCAGCCAUUUCGCUUCCCUGCCACAUUUACCUUUGUCCUCCGGGCAUUUGCAACUCUCGAAGGAAUAGGAAACUUGUUGGAUCCAAACUUUUCCUUUGCAAAAGUCGCCGAACCAUACAUUCAGGAAUUGCUCGACGUAAGGAAGAGGCAGAGUGGGGGCACCGAAAUUGUCGAGGAGAUUAGGAAACAAGCCAAUGAUGCCAGAGAUUACACUAUGUCGAUGCCGUACAGGAUACACAAAAUCGAAGAAUUCGUAAAACAACUCGAAUCAGGAGAAGUGAAGCUCCGCGUGAAAGUGCUCGAGUCUGAGAGAGCUGCAAGAAGAGCUUCAGUAUUGCAAAUGGCCACCAUGUACACUGCUUUUAGUGGAACUCUGCUCAACGUUGGAGUAACUUUGGCCAGCCAAGGACAACUAUCGAUCGCCAAUGUAUCGUUCAUCGGCGCGUGUGUUUUUUGGGCAUUGGCAAUCAGAUCCAUGCAAAGAGUGAAAAGGCUGGACAAAUUUGAGAAGAUGUUGUGAUACAAACACCUGAAGAUUAGGCACAAGUGUAAAAAUAUUAUUUUUUAUUCAAUCGAUAUUCUUGCCAUGAAAUUUAUUAAGUGGCAAAGUGAAGUUUAGUUUUUAGUUAUUUGCCAUCCUUAAACAGGGAUUAAGUGGUGAUAAA